AUGCCGAACGAAAACAGGAAACGAGGCAAGAAGCAUAAGAAAACACAGGAGCAUAACCAGCCCUCUCGCGACACCAAUGAAGCACCUCAAAAUGCCGAACAUCACAAUCGACCGUCAUGGAUAGUCCCUGCACAAGAAUUGGAGGAGCCCCAUCCGGAGGCACCAUUUGGUUAUGUAGACCCUGACAUAAAGGCAUAUUUCAGAACUGUCGACGACCAAAUUCGAACUUGGCAGCAGGAGAGACCUUACGAGGAGGAUCAAGCCGCAGACCUCGAUCCGAAUGAAGCAAAGCGGAUAUUCCUCGUUGCCGCACUUAGUGAAAUGUCUGAAAAAGAGAAACAACUGGCUACGGACCCGGAUUGUUCUGUUGUUCUAGAACGCAUGGCGCACUCGAUGGAUGACUUUGUUCGAAGGGUGUUUUUGGAUAGUUUGAGCGGCUCAUACGAGGCGCUCAUCAAACAUCGUUUUGCUUCGCAUGUCUGUCAAACACUGUUCACAGUAGCAGCAGACACCGUCUCGCGCGAAACUAAGGGCAUAUAUCCAUCUAUCCCCGAUUCCAAGGACAAGGGUGAACUGCGCACUCUGACACGCCUCAUCUUGGAUAUAUGUCAGGAACUCGCACCGGUCUUCACGUCCCUUGUAAUGGACCCUUUUGCCUCGCAUGUUCUCCGUGCUUUGCUCCUCUUGUUAUCGCCUACAAAUUCUGCUGCAAGUCAUAAAGCACAGUCGAACAUGCGGUCGAAGAAAAGCAGCGCGUGGAAAGCUCGUCAGGGCACCAUGAAGUCCGUAUUCGCUGACAAUAAGCGCUACGAUCAUAUCGAUUCUACUCGAUCGGUGCCGAACGAAUUUCGCGAGGCUGCUACCAGGUUUGUGCGCGUCUUAAAGAGCGAACUCAGCGACAACGAGGUCCGAGCAUUGGCUGCCAAUAAAGUAGCCAGCCCAUUACUUCAGCUUAUCCUUGAGGUUGAAGCCGAUCAUGGUGAAUCUUCAUUGCCUGGUUCUCUUAUGGACCACGUCCUGGUUGGGAUUAUUACACUUUGUCGUGAAAAGCCUGAUGAACAACCGGAGGCAUCUGACUACCUUGUCACGCUUCUUCGAGACCCAACCUCCUCUCACUUACUGGAGACAAUGGUUUCCCGUUGUCCUGAUCCCGCGUUUACGAUACUUUGGGCGACUUACUUUCAGGGCAAGCUUGCGAGGCUGGCUACACAUCCUGUAGCUAACUUCGUGGUAGCUAAAGCUGCAGAAAGGUUAAAUCCCACGCAGUUGAAAGGUGCUCUUGAGGAGCUGGAGAGCUCGUGGAAUAAGAUCAUUGGAUCAGCAAGAACUGGGGUGUUACGCGCCAUGAUUGAUAGAGCAUGCACGCUUCGUGCUCACGAAAAGGAUAUCUGCCAAGCUGUGUGCAACGCGUUUCAGUUAUUUCAACCGAAAGAUCGUAGUCACCUUGUGUCAUGUGUACUGGUUCUAAAGCCUUUUCAGGAAUACUUGGCAACAGGGCUUACAAAACACAGCUCUGAGGAUACGCAGCAAAGCUCGAAAAAAGGAAACGUGGAUGAUUCAAAGGAACCAAAAAUUCAGGGUGCCUUAAUUCUGCAAAGUUUACUUCGGCUCAAUGAACCGCAUUGUACGAUGGUUACCGAGAGCAUCAAGUCCCUCUCCACAGAAGAUCUGAUCUCCUUAUCUCAAAAUCCGAUAAGCUCUAGGGUUAUAGACGUACUCUUUGACUCGGAAACUGUGCCUUUUAAAGUGAAGCGUGCUCUUGUCAUGUCCCUCAUUGGUCAUUACCACACGCUGGUUGAUGACCGAAUUGGAAGCAGAGUGGGAGAUAGGUGUUGGGCGUUCGCCGAUCCAUAUUUAAGAGAAAAAAUUGCACGCUCUCUCAUAGUACACGAGCAAUUUCUUGCAGCAUCCUAUUUCGGAAAAUUUUUCGCUCGGAACAUCAAUUUAUAUCUUCUACAACGACGACCAGACGAGUGGAAAGAAUUGCAAUCACAGAGUAAAUCAAGUUCUGGAUCAACCAUAUCUCCUCCAGCGCCCUCUGCGACAGCGCCGAUGUCAAACCCUGACGAUGCUGAGGUAUCUCGUCCAUCUAAGAUAUCCAAGAAACGACGAGGCCGGCCUGAAGACGAGAUCGACGCUGUUUUCAACGCGAAUUUGGGGGCGAUGACAAAAAGAACUGCCGUCGGUGCAACCGGUAGCUCUGACAAAUUAGUUGUACAAAAACCGGAUCAGGGUCUACAGGAUGUACUAGGAGCGAUACGAGCAGCUCCGAGUGACGAUGGUGGCCGUGGGAAGAGGCAGAGGAAGUCUUAA